AUCUUUCCAAGUUGCUCUGUAAAGUUCUUAUCUGACCAGAACACUUUCUUCCACAUGUUUGCUGCGUCCCCUGCAUAGUGUGGGGUGAAAUGAAAACAAGAGUUCAUGUAGCUUUUGCUGUGAAACUCUUCUACAAAGGUCUGAUUUGUGGAGUGUGGGACUAAUCAUGAGUCUCUGUAGAGCUUCCAAAAUUGCCAGUGACCUCCUAGGUCAGUUUAUAUGGACUUUCAUGUCUUUGUGGGCUUAGAACAUUUUCACUUCAUAGACUGAACAAUUAAUAUGUAAUAUCACAGUGUCUGAUAUGUUCUUUGGUCUUCAUGAUGAUGUUUGAUCUCUAGUGUUCCUGAGCAAACCCUAGAGGUCUUCACAGAACAUCAAGCUUUAUAUUGACAUUAAAUUACACACACGUUACUUCUAAAAAUGGAUUUCAUUAAGGGAUAUUAAAGUACGCCACACAGAUUUGUAUUUGUAAAAAGUUUUAAAAUGCUGCUCAUUUUUUCUUUCACUUCACAGUAACGCACUGGUUUGUGUUGUAACCCUGACAAAAUACACAGUCUUCUGUAUGUUACUUAACAAAAUGUGAAAAAGUUAAAUAGGUGUUGACGCUUUUAUGAGCUACGGUAAAUCUCUCACAUUUUGAUAACAAAACUGACUUUUGAAAUUAUACAGAGUGGAUCUGUAGUGUUUUUGAGAAAAUGGAGGAGUUAGGACCCAGGGACGGCUGGUAGGGGACAGUGGCGUGUGUGUCUGAUGGCAAAAGAGGAAAAAACUUCAGCAUGCACCAUUACACAAAACAAUGUGUGACAGUCACUGCCAUACACAGCGCAGGACAGGACAGAGGGUUAUCAGAGGAGGGGUGAGGAAAGAGGAGAAUAAUUUCCCACCAAAACCAUCAUGGAAUUGUAUUUUUUAUAUUUUUCUUUGUGAUAUAAAUUGUAAUGCAGUUCUAGUACCAGUCUUUGGAAAAGCCAGACUUUUGAAAGUUUAAAAUUUUUUUAAACUGAGAUGGAUAUAUGAUUUAUAUACUUUUGAUUUAAAAAUUAGAUGAAGCAUCAAUUUUGUUUACUUUUGCAAAAAGCCUUGAACUCAAAGCAACUGGUUUAAACAGCAAACUGAGAGUGAACCAGAGAUAUUUCACCCAUGAGAAUAUCAGAACUGAAAAUGGAGGAGGAAAUCAAUAAAUGAUGGCGGACAUGACGGGGUCCAUGAUCACCUCUGUUACCGAUCCUUCUGUUGCAAACUCCACCAAUCUCACUGUCCCCGCCGAUGUUGGCGUUGUCACAAGCUCCCAGUCACAGAUCAAAGAUCUUUUUGGGUUGUUCUGCAUGGUGACGCUUAACCUCAUCGCCCUGCUGGCCAACACCGGUGUGAUGGUGGCCAUAGCUCGCGCUCCUCACCUGAAAAAGUUUGCGUUUGUGUGUCACCUGUGUGCAGUAGAUCUUCUGUGCGCCAUCCUCCUGAUGCCUUUGGGAAUCAUUUCCAGCUCUCCGUUCUUCGGCACGGUGGUGUUCACUGUUCUGGAGUGCCAGGUUUACAUCUUCCUCAAUGUUUUCCUCAUUUGUCUUUCCAUCCUCACCAUCACUGCCAUCAGCUUGGAGCGUUACUUCUACAUUGUGCACCCGAUGCGUUACGAAGUCAAGAUGACCAUCAACCUUGCUAUUGGUGUGAUGGUGCUAAUCUGGGUUAAAUCGCUCGUCUUAGCUUUGGUCACUCUGUUUGGAUGGCCGGCUUAUGGACCUCAGAGCUCCAUCGCAGCAGCUCACUGCUCUCUUCAUGCUACCCACAGCCGCCUGAGAAGAGUAUUUGGAGUGCUCUUCAGUGUGAUUUGUUUCUUAGCUCCUGUAAUGGUCAUCUUUAGUGUUUACUGUGCUGUGUAUAAGGUUGCUCGCUCAGCAGCUCUGCAGCAAGUCCCAGCUGCGCCAACAUGGGUGAAUGCAUGCCCUGUUAAGGACCGCUCUGACUCCAUCAACAGCCAGACAACCAUGAUCGCCACCACCCGCACUCUGCCUCAGAGACUGUCUCCAGAAAGAGCCUUCAGUGGAGGAAAAGCUGCAAUAACUUUGGUGUUCAUUGUGGGCCAGUUCUUGGUUUGCUGGUUGCCCUACUUCAUUUUCCACGUUCAAAUGUCUCUAACCGGGUCCAUGCAGAGCCCGGGGGAUUUGGAGGAAGCCGUAACUUGGCUUGCUUACUCUUCUUUCGCAGUUAACCCAUUCUUCUAUGGCCUCUUAAACAGACAAAUCAGAGAUGAGUUGGUGAAAUUUCGACGUUGCUGCUUGAACCAGCCCUCAGAGGUUGGAGCGUCCAGCCAGGAGGCUUCAUUUCAGGAAAACUUCCUUCAGUUCAUUCAGAGAACCACCAGCACACCUGAAAGACGCUCCUGCUGCUCUAACUCCAGUCCCACAUUAAACCAGGAGAGAAGCCCUCAGGAUAGGUAGGGAUAACACCUCAGACUUCCUACUUAAAACAAAUAUUAGGUUUUGAUGUCGCCUCUCUCUAUUGCCAUAUAAAAUAAAGUGGACUUUUGAUAAAAGUCUGCUCAAAUACAGACUCAGUCCGAUAAAACUCAUUUACAUGUGAGCAAAGAUAGCACGAGUCCCUGUGAAUAUGGACCAACGUAACUUGGACAUGGAUAUGGGAAGGAAGAGAUAGGAAAUCUGCAGUGAAAAUCAUUACUGGGCAUUGAUAAUGCACCAAAGUGCUAUUUUAUGGCCUUUGCUAUUUGUAUUAGCCAUCGUUCAAGACAGAAUAGGGUGGUUACAGCAAAUAUAAGCAAACAUCAUUCUGCAGUAUGAGUGUUACUUAGGAAUACGCACCCUUACAUGACUGUAGGUGUGACUAAAACAUUAGGUUUUCAACCAAACACAUAUUUUUCAGUAAUUUGUUUUAUUUAAAAUAAUGUUCAGAGGGUAAUAAUUCACUCAAUCUAUGAGCACUCCAAUGCAGAGCUCAAACAUUAACAUCAGUGAAUACAAAUGAGAACAUUGGACAAAUCUCAGCACAGCAGACACUCCUAAAUAAAAGUAUGUCUGAAAUGUUUUUCUUUGUUUUUUCAAAGGAUUUAGGAUGAACCGGAGUGACAGGGUUCUGACUGUACCUGUAAGAUUUAACAAAGCCAUUCAUGGGGAAAAGAUUUUCAAGUUUGUGUGAAUUCUUCUGUCUUCUCCACCCACAUGUUUACAGACUAUUAGAAUUUUUCAAAGUAAAUUAAUGUUCAUAAAAUGCUUUUCAUAGACAUAGACAACAGCACAACAAACUUCAUCACUGUGCAACAAUGUAAAGACUAUAGUAAAUCCUAGGCAAAUGGGGCUUAAACAGAUUUAGUUUGUUAUAAUAAUUUAACUACACUACACUUUCCUCCACAGCCUCAGGGAAACAACUGGAAAGACUUGAUUUUCUCUUUUUGUGUCAGCAAGCUAAAUGGUAGCAAAGCUGACAGUGACAGUGCAUGCCAUAUUUCUCAAUAAGCAAAAAAAAAAUUAAAGAAAGAAUAAAUGAAAUAACUUUAUUUAAAGAGACAAAAGGAGACAAUCUUAGUAUCAACAUUUUGUCCUCCAUUUUGAACUCUGUACUCAUAUACAAUAAACUACUUGACCAUUUAACAUGCUGUAAGAUUAUAAUAAAACAUGAGUAACACAUUA